AUGGCCAUGGCCCCAAGGGGACCCCGCCCCUCGCUCCUGCUGCCCCUCAUCCUCCUGGCUGCCACCCUGGCCCAGCUCAGUGAAGGCGCCAGCUACCAGCAGUUUGUGAGACAACACAUUGACCACCCCAAGACCAGCGCCCCCAAUGACAGGCUCUACUGCAACCUCCUGAUGCAGCGCCGGGGCCUGACCCGCCGCCGAUGCAAACCCACCAACACCUUCAUCCACGCCCCUGCCGGCCAGCUCCGAGACAUAUGCAGCAGCGGAGGAAGACCCGUUAGUCGCAACCUCUAUGACAGCAACAGAUCAUUCAGCGUCACCACGUGCCGGGUGCUGCCCGGCUCCCGACCAGGGCGUUGUAGAUACAGAGCUGCAACUGGAGUCACCAGGGUCCGCGUGGCCUGUGUCCAGCGGCUGCCCGUGCACUUAGAGCCAACAUAUCUGCCAUGA